AUGAAUAAUUGUUAUUAUGAAUUAGAAUCCUUAAUUAACGAUUUACCAUAACGAACGAUUGCAUCAUAAAUAUAACAACUUUUUUAUAGAAUAAUAAGUCAAGAAAAACAAAAUAGUCCAAUAUUAGAGGUAGAAAAAUAUUUCCGUAAAAUGAUAAAAAAAAUUGAGUAGUUUUAUUGUAGAAGAUUACAAAAAUUAGAAUUUUUUAUUUCAAAAAAAGCAGACACUUAAUUAAUUGUGUUACGAAUAAGUAAAUAUUUAGAGAAAAAACCUUGGAGAUUAGAAACAAUGGAUUAUACUGCAAAACAAAUAAAAUAAGAUAAAAUUGAUGAUAAAAAUUGUAAUCAAUUCAUUAAUUUUGACAAUAAUUAAGAAGAGUACUAUUCAAGUAAAACAUCUACUCCCUUUAGUAAUUAUACAUGUAUUCCAUCUAUCCCCAGAGAUUCAUCAUUAAAUUAAGCAAUAUUUUUAGAGUAUGAAAAUUCAUUAAAAUCAUAAUCAUCUUUUCAACUGGAUAAAUAAGAACCUCUGCCAGACAUUUCAUAAAUAUAAUUUAAAUUAUAAUUGCUUGUAGAUUAAUCACCGAAAAAAAAUAGAGUCACAUAAAAGUAAUAAUAAUUAGCAGAUUUAAUUGAUAGUGAAUUAGAAGAGUUCUCAGCAUAAUCACCUCCUUGUUAAAAUAUUUUAGAUUGCAAUAUUAGUGAUAUCAAAUCAGACUUUAAUUCUAGACUUAUUUCUUCAAGAUCUCUACAAAAAGAAUCUGUUAAUUAAGCGAAUACAUCAAAAAAUCCUAAAUUAAUUCCAUAAACAAGAGAAUUUGAAAGCUUGUUUCAAACACAAUAAUCUACUAAAGAAAUUAUCAAAUAUGUUGAAUAAUAUCAUCGAUUACAAUAACAAUAAUAAGCUUAAUAUUAAAAACAACAGAAUUUUUAAGCAAAACCUAGUCUUGAAGUUAAUAAUAACACAUUAUAAUGUUUUCAAGAUAAAUGCCAAAGUCCUUCAACUAAUAAAAGAUAUCGAGUGAGAUCAUCUUAUCAAAAAGAAUUACCUUCUUAAAAUAAAUUAAAAGUUAACACUUCUCAUGAAAAUUUUGAAGUUAGAACUUCUAAAUCUAUUUAAUCUAAGAAAAAACAUUUUUAACUCCCUUCCCCAUUAAAUGAAUCCAUGAAUUAAUAAAAGCAAAAAUAGUCAUAUUAACAAUUAUAAUAAUAAUAAUUAUCCUUAUAAUAAAAAAAAAAUAUGUAAAGAUAACAACCUUAAUUAUUAUCAUCUGCGUUAUCUCAUUUAUACAAAAGAUUUUCCUAAUAAAAACAAAGCUCAUCAGUAGUUACUAAGAGAUCUACAAAAUAAGCAAUUAGCUAUUCUCUAGAGAAAGAUCAUUAAAAAAAAUCAUAUAAACUAGUUGAUUAUAUAAUAAAUUAUUGA